UGCUGUUUACUUAUUUUGAGACGGACGGCUCGUUCAAAUCAGUUUAAACGUUCUUGGGUCACCGGGAAAGGUAUUUUGCUAACUCUAGCAGCUGUUCAAUGCACGUUUCGUCUACCACAGCAUAGCUUGGCAAUAGCCCUGUACCAGAGUGGGCUCUCAUCAGAAUAGCAAGUAAACGUGUCUGCACGCUCCGGUCCGUCCGUUAAUAUCGUGUGACGAAGACUGCUGCAUUAUUAAAGUGGUACAAGAUGCCGAUGGUACUGCGAUCCAGAAAAAGUAUCCGCUCCAGUCGGGCAAGUGAGGCAGAGUUACAGGACACAGCACCGGCUACACGGAGAAGGUCGACCCGCCCGCACGGGAGCACUACGUACGAGGAGUCAGAUGAGUCAGACUCUGAGUCUGUGCAGAGCCAAGUGAUGGAGACCGAUCAAAGUCCCCCGGCUGAGCUGGAGGAGGAAACUGCUGAGGAGACAGAUGUGACGGAACUGAAGCAUUGUAGCGUUGUGCUGGAUCGUCUCUUGGCUGAUGACAAGACUGCAAAAACAGAGCUUGAGGAGAAAGAAGACAUGAACCGCAAAGGUGGGAAACCCGUCUCCCGAAUCCCUACUUUCCAUAAACGACCCACCGGUGCGAGCCAGAGCACAGAGCUGCCUCUUCCCAAAAAAGAUACCCCUGUCCACGUAGCUCAGUCCCCUGAGAAAGUUGGAAGCGCGGAGGCUUCGAAAUCCAAGCCACCCGAUGUCAGAGCCCUCCCCCUGCCAACGGUCCGCAUCCCCAAAAUCGGUUUUGAAGCCCCUUCUCCGUUUUUCGGCACAGAACAGGCCACUGCGGCAGCCCAUAGUUCCCUAAUUACCGCACCCAAGAGCUGGAGUUUGUCUGAGUCUGUGCACUGCCCUCCUAUGACUGUAAGCCCCAGACCUGCCCUCAGACCAGAGCAGGGGUCAGAACAAGACAGGAGAAAACCAUUUGAAAUAGAAGCUGAAACCAUACCAGCCCCCAUAUCGCACCUUCCAUGCGAGGGCUCCAUCAGCCAUAAGCCACCGGAAGACACAGAAGAGACGUCCGAUGUUGGGGUUAAAAGCAGGCUUAGUGUCGCUGCCUCUGGAGAUGCUGAAGAAUCAGAGUCUGCAGAGAUCCCUCACACAACUGAGGCCAGCCAAGAGGAGGCUAUUAUGGAUGAAGAGCCACCGUGGGAGACGGAGCAGAUGAACAUACAUGAAUUAAAGGACAGUAGAUCUUCGUCAGACGUUGAAUGCGAGGACGACUUGGCAGGUGAACAGUCUGAAGACCAUGAUUCAACGGAGGUCAAGGAGCAUCAUGAACCACUUAUAAGGCAGUUGGAGUCUUCAAACCUUGCAGAGGAAAGAGGCAGCAUUGAUGAAUCGACGUCUCCUGUAGCACCAGAGAAGCCAGCAAAAGCCAGCUCAACCAAGUCAACUAAGAGCUCUGGAUGGUCUAGUUUUGGCCUCUUCUGCUUCCUGCCCACCAUCUUGCUGCUUCUUGGAGGGUUUGGGCAGCAUGUUUGGCAGUACGGGCUUCCCAUGUCUGUGGCUCAGCUCACGGCUCAGCUGGAACUGCACAUGCUAGAGGGCUUUGGCUUUGUGCCAGAGCCUUGCAGCACUGAUUGUCGGGUGCGUUUGGUGGAGAGCAUCCCUGUGGGUCUCCACCAGUCUUCUCCCUCGUCCAGACAGAGCAUCGCAGAUAGCUGGCUACAUCUGCUCGACAAGGCCAACAGCUCGGUCCACAUCGCCGCUUUCUACUUGACUCUACGAGGCAGCGAUUUGGAGCUCGCUGACUCGCCUGACUCUCAGGGAAGAAUGGUCUUUGAGCGACUUAGACAACUUGAAUCCAAAGGUGUGAAACUCCAGAUUGCCGUCAACAGCCCUCAGACCUCAACCCAAGAUACGGCAGAAUUGGCAGCGACAGGCGCAGAAGUCAGAGAGGUAGACCUCAAUGCCGUGACUGGAGGAAUUGUCCACACCAAGCUGUGGGUGGUGGAUCAAAAGCACUUCUACUUGGGUAGUGCUAACAUGGACUGGCGCUCUUUAAGUCAGGUGAAGGAGGUCGGCCUGACGGUGGAGGACUGCAGCUGCCUGGCUCAGGAUGCCUUUCGGAUCUUUGGGGUUUACUGGAGCCUCGGUGGCGCAAGCAACGGCUCCCUGCCACCGUACUGGCCUGCUCGUCUCUCCGCCCUGUCCAGCUCCGAGAAUCCCCUGCGCCUGAAGUUCAAUGGAGUGCCUGCUCAGGUCUACCUGUCUAGCGCCCCUCCGCAGAUCUCAGCCCGCGGCCGCUCAGACGAUCUCUCCACCAUCUUAUCUGUCAUCGACGACGCCCAGAAAUUCAUUUACAUCUCUGUCAUGGACUAUCUUCCUCUGUCUCAGUUCACGGAGCCACUCAGGUUCUGGCCCGCCAUCGACUCGGCCCUGCGUGCCGCCGCCUGCACCAGAGGCGUGCAGGUUCGACUCCUGGUGAGCUGCUGGAAGCACUCGCCUGCCUCCAUGUUCACCUUCCUGCAGUCCCUGCUGGUGCUCAACAGGCCUCCACUGAAAUGUGACAUUGACGUGAAAAUCUUUACGGUGCCUUCAACAGCGGAGCAGAUGAAGAUUCCCUUUGCGCGAGUCAAUCAUGCCAAGUACAUGGUUACAGACAGAGUGGUCUAUAUAGGGACGUCCAACUGGUCGGAGAACUACUUCACCCAGACAGCCGGUGUGGGCUUGGUGGUGAACCAGACCGGCUCUGAGAUUACAAAGGGCCAAGAGACUCUGCAGAGCCAAGCAGAGGAGCUCUUCCUCAGAGACUGGACGUCUCGGUAUGCCAGCGCGCUCUCUGUUGACGAUGUGGAGGUCUGUCCUCGUGGCCCACACUGAGGGUUUGUUGUUCAAUAAAGAACAUUGCAUUGUAGAUGAGCACCUUGCUUGCUCCUGCCACUUGAAUUUUAUUUUACUUCUGCAGAAUCCGCUUGCUGUACUGUGUGAAUGAAUAGUGUUUGUUUUAUUGCUGUUUGCUGAUUGGCUGCCUCUUUUUUUUGUACAUAAUUGCGUUUUUAUAUUUCGUUUCAAAACGUGUUAUUUUUAUACUCUCUGUUCAGACGACUGUCUUAAAUGAGUUAAGGCACAAGGGAAUUCGCUUUGUACAACUAAUUUUAUGCCUGGAGCAUUUUGUAUAUUUUUCUGGUGCCAAGCUUUAACAAAGUCAUGCAGGAAAUAAAACAUUUCCAAAGAGGUGCAAACCACGUGGCCGUGGUUUACACUGCUGAAGAUAUCAGCUGUUUGUUUGUGUGUAAUGAAACCAUCUGAUGGAAAAUCAGUCCAACACUACAAGAUUACUGUAAAUGAAUUCUGUCAGUUGUCCAUUCCUAACUGAUGGCUGUCUCACAAAGAAUUACAAUCUGAAUGUGUAGCACUACAGUCACAAAAUAACUCUGUUAAAUCAAAGAGCGCAUGCUUUGUUUUUAUGCCUCUGCACUGGCGACAGCCGUGGCUGGAUUCAUUAUGCUUUUGGGUUGUCCAUCUGUAUGCCUAUCCGUCCAAUUCUCAUGAACACAAUAUCUCAGGAACACCUUAAGAGAAUUUCUUCAAUUUGGCACUAAUGUUCAAGGAUGAACUGAUACUGAGAAUUUGGUGGUCAAAGGUCAGUGUGACCACACAGAAACACGUUUUUUUCCAUGACUCAAGAAUUCAUACACUUAUUAUUAAAAAUAAUUUACAUAAAUGUCUCGCAGGAUAAAAAUCAUUAAGUAAUGACAUUUCCCGAAGUCCCAGACUUCAAUGUGACAUCAUAAUGUUCUGCACAAACACGUUUCUGACCAAAUUUGACCAGUCGUUUUGUUAAAUUCCUUCAAAGUCUUCACAGCAUUUAUUACCUGAGUCUGGACAGGCGUGGAUGUAAGGCAUACAACCGUGAGGUGGUAAUUUUACUUGAUUCAAGUGUUUAUGUAUAUGAAGGAAAAAAAAAAUUUCCUUCUCUAGCAUUUGUUUUACUGUAUUGAUAAUUACUGGAUAUGCCUGUGUUGUCUACUUUAUUAUUUCAUGACUGGGGUCAUCUAUUGUAUGCUUCAGGUCUUGUUUCUGUCAUCUGUGGACAUGUUGCAUCAGUUAAAAUUCUUCAACUUCCCAGUUCAGGAUGAAACAGGGAUCAUGUUGGUUGGUCCCUUACGAACAGUUUACUCCAUGUUUCAGUAUAUUGAAAAAAAAAAAACUGCUCCAUGGUGGGUGAUCUUUGAGAGGUUCUUACAAAAGGAGUUAGACAUUGCACUGGUGAAGGACUUGUAAUGGUUUUAAACACUGGUUCACCCCAAUUACUAAACUUUUAGCUCUCCUGUUGCUGACCACACGGUUAGUUUUGGUUUAAUAGUGCUGAUUUAAGACAUCUGUCUCUGACACCACAGAAGUCCAGUGGUGAAUGGGAUUUUUUUUGUAGCAGCCAUGCUAGCAGCUCUGUAAGAAUGUACUUGAACAUAGUGGUGUUUUGAGCUACAUGCUAAAAUGAUCACAAUAUAAAGCUAAAAUGCAAGUGUUAAACAGGUAUAAUGUUUACCAUCCUAGUUCAGCAUGUUAGCAUGCAACAUUUGCUAAUUAGCACUUAACACAAGGUACAGCUGAGCCUGACGGUAAUCUGAUCAGUAGUUUUGCAAGUAUGAACCAAGUACUGGACACAUUAAAGAUCUCCUCCACAAAUGUUUCAGAACAAAUAAAAAUG